AUGGAAGAGCAUGUCAGCCAUGCAGCAGCGGUAACGACAAACGGAUCACACGGAUACGUUUUGUCCCCUGAGAAUUGUGACAUCGACGUUUUGGACAAUGGAAGAACGAUCAAUGAUUUCAUAGACAUCAAAAUUAAAGAGACUGCUUUGGGGGAAAAUGAAGAGCCCUUCCUGGUGGCCAAUCUGGAUAGUAUGUUCAAGAGGCACCUCAGGUGGCUCAACAACUUACCUCGAGUCAAGCCCUUCUAUGCGGUGAAGUGCAACAACACACCAGCAGUCAUGCAGAUGUUGCGAGCUCUGGGCACGGGUUUUGACUGUGCAAGCAAGGGCGAGAUUCAGCUGGCCCUGUCGCUCGGAGUGGCGCCAGACAAAAUUAUUUACGCUCAUACCACCAAACCGAGGUCGCACAUCAAAUACGCCUGUUCCCGUGGAGUCAACAUGAUGACGUUCGAUAGUGAGGAUGAACUCCUCAAGAUUUCUCAGGGUCAUCCCAAAGCCAAGCUGAUCCUUCGCAUCGCAGUGGACGACUCCAAGGCUCUGCUCAGACUCAGCCUGAAGUUUGGAGCUCAGCUGGAGACGGUUGACAAGCUGCUGGAAUGUGCCGGAGAGCUGGGCUUGGAGGUCAUUGGGGUCAGCUUCCAUGUGGGGAGUGGGUGCACUGAAUGUGGGGCGUUCAAGCAAGCCAUAGCCGAUGCCCGGCAAGUCUUUGACAUAGCGAAUCUGAUGGGGUUCCAAAUGCGUCUCCUGGAUAUCGGUGGAGGCUUCUCUGGGAGAGAGGACUUUCAAGUGAAAUUUGAAGAGUUUUCAGAAGUCAUUAACAGCGCCCUCGAGAAAUACUUUCCCGCUGAUUUUGGGGUGCAGGUCAUUGCCGAACCGGGGCGGUACUACGUGGAAUCAGCCUUCACACUGGCGGCCAACGUCAUGGCUAGAAGAGUCAUCACAGGUGGCGUUGGAGAACUUUCAAAUGAUGAAGAAAACAGCCCCGACAAGGUGAUGAUGUACUACCUUAACGAUGGCGUGUACGGCUCCCUAAGCUGCCUCAUCAAUGAUGCCGCUCACACUGCGGUGGAGCCGUACCUACACAGGGCCGUUGACAACAGUGAGAAAAGAUACCCCUCUGUGGUCUGGGGUCCGACCUGCGACUGCCUGGACAAAGUCACCGACAGCUACUGGUUCCCAGAGCUGCGCGUCGGAGACUGGCUUCUCGUCGACCACAUGGGGGCGUACUCUGUCAGUAUAGCCACCGACUUCAACGGCUUCGAGAGAGCGAAUAUCUACUCUGUGAUCAGUUCAGAGAUUCUGCAAGCCUUAAACCUCUCCAACACCUACGACAUUAUUCACGCAUGA